AUGGCCGGGGCGGCGGGCGGGGAGCGGCGGGCGGCGCUGACGGCGGUGCGGACGGAGGGCUCGGGGACCCCCGGCAGCGGGACCCCCCCGCCGCCGCCCCCGCCCCGCCGCCGGGGGCUGCUGGCGGGGCCGCGCCCCGGAGCCGCCCCCCGGCCCGCCGGGGCCCCGCGCUGCUGCCGCCGCCGCCUCCAGAACUGCCUCUACAACGUGCUGGAGCGGCCUCGCGGCUGGGCUUUCAUCUACCACGUCUUCAUCACCGUGAGCUGGGGUUCCCUGGCUGUCCCUGUGCCCCCACCGACACUUUGUCCUUGCAGAUUCCUCCUCGUCUUCAGCUGCCUGGUGCUGUCGGUCUUCUCCACCAUCCAGGAGCACCAGAAAUUGGCCAACGAGUGCCUCUUCAUCCUGGAAUUCGUGAUGAUCGUGGUGUUCGGUAUGGAGUACAUCAUCCGCGUGUGGGCCGCGGGCUGCUGCUGCCGCUACCGCGGCUGGCGCGGCCGCUUUCGCUUCGCCAGGAAACCCUUCUGCGUGAUAGGUACGGGGUGGGGUUCAGGACGGAGGAAUUUGGCAUCACCCACGCACCCCUUGAGCUUCGCUGUCCCCUCAGAUUUCAUCGUCUUCAUCGCCUCGGUGGCCGUCAUCGCCGCGGGCACGCAGGGCAACAUCUUCGCCACGUCGGCGCUGCGCAGCAUGCGCUUCCUGCAGAUCCUGCGCAUGGUGCGCAUGGACCGCCGCGGCGGCACCUGGAAGCUCCUGGGCUCCGUGGUCUACGCCCACAGCAAGGUGAGAAAAAGCCUCCGGGUACAUCCCCCGACACGUCCCCGAGCGCGUCUGACCCGCGGCGCCCCGCAGGAGCUCAUCACCGCCUGGUACAUCGGCUUCCUCGUGCUCAUCUUCGCCUCCUUCCUCGUUUACCUGGCCGAGAAGGACGCCAAUGUGCAGUUCGCCACCUACGCCGAUUCCCUCUGGUGGGGCACGGUGACCCUGACCACCAUCGGCUACGGGGACAAGGCACCGCAGACGUGGCUGGGCCGGAUGCUGGCAGCCGGAUUCGCCCUGCUCGGCAUCUCCUUCUUCGCCCUGCCCGCGGGGAUCCUGGGCUCCGGCUUCGCCCUCAAAGUGCAGGAGCAGCAUCGGCAGAAGCACUUUGAGAAGAGGCGGACUCCGGCGGCCAACCUGAUCCAGGCUGCCUGGCGCCUGUACUCCACGGAUGUCAGCCGCGUGUACUUGACGGCCACGUGGUGUUACUACGACAGCCUCCUGCCCGCCUUCAGAGAGCUGGUCCUUAUGUUUGAGCAUUUGUACCGGGUUUGCAACGGAGGAUUUAGGAAUUCAGAGGUGAAAAAACGGCCUGACAGAGCCCCACCGCCCUAUCACUCCUUCACCCCUGCCCAGAAAAGCUUCAGCCUGGCCAUGUGUUCAGGGGAAAGCUGGAAUGAGGAGGACGCGCAGCCCCACAAGUGUUUACGCCUCAGCAACAAGAUGGGCAUCAAGGAGCGGAUCCGGCUGAGCAGCUCCCAGCGCCAGGGCAGCCGCGGCCGGCAGCAGCACCUGGGGCCGCCCCUGCACCGCUCCCCCAGCACCGAGGAUGUCACCGAGGCCUCCAGCCCCACCAAGGUGCAGAAAAGCUGGAGCUUCAAUGACCGCACCCGGUUCCGAGCAUCCCUGAGGCUGAAGCCGCGGACCCCGGCUGAGGCUGACUGCCCGCCGGAGGACAGUGGCGAGGAGAGGAGCUCCCCCUGUGACCUGACCUUCGAGGACAUCAUGCCGGCAGUGAAGACCCUCAUCCGGGCUGUCAGGAUCCUCAAGUUCCUGGUGGCCAAGAGGAAGUUCAAGGAGACCUUGCGUCCCUACGAUGUCAAGGAUGUCAUUGAGCAGUACUCGGCCGGACACCUGGACAUGCUGGGCAGGAUCAAGAGCCUGCAGACGCGUGUGGACCAGAUCGUGGGCAGGGAUCGGGCGCUCCCUGCGGAUAAGAAGGUUCGGGAGAAGGGGGAGAAGCCGGCGCUGGAGGGGGAGCUGGUGGACGAGCUCAGCAUGAUGGGGCGCGUGGUCAAAGUGGAGCGGCAGGUGCGAUCCAUCGAGCACAAGCUGGACCUGCUGCUUGGCCUCUACUCGCAGUGCCUCCGCAAGGGCUCCACCAACUCCUUCAGCCUGGCCGCAGUGCGGGUCCCACCCGGAGAGCCCGACAUCACCUCCGACUACCACAGCCCCGUGGACCACGAGGACAUCUCUGUGUCUGCUCAGACCCUCAGCAUCUCCAGGUCGGCCAGCGCCAACAUGGACUGAGCAGAAGGCAGCGGGAUGGACCCUGGGAUGGGGCACUGGGAGCGGCGUGGCCUUGUCCCCUCGCUGUCCCUCGCUGUCCCUCGCCGUGUUACUUGAACCAAGUCUUCCUUUGCGGGGACACAGCUGCAGCGGGGUGCCUGUGGCACUGUGGCACAGCCCACGCUCCUGGAGUGCUCCUGGGAUGUUCCUGGGAUGUUCCUAGGGUGCCCCUGGAGUGCUCCUGGGAUGUUCCUGGGGUGCACCUGGGAUGCCCCUGGGACGUUCUUGGGGUGCCCCUGGGAUGUUCCUAGGGUGCCCCUGGAGUGCUCCUGGGAUGUUCCUGGGGUGCACCUGGAGUGCCCCUGGGAUGUUCUUGGGGUGCCCCUGGGAUGUUCCCAGCUUCCUGCGGGAUAACACUCCCCCAGCUCCGGGGUCCUGGGUGCUCCCCAGCUGUGGUGGGGAUGCUCCGGGCUGGUCCCAUCCCCUGGGGUUUGGUUUGAACCCCAGCCCUCAAGACAGGUCCUGCCUGGUCUCCCAGAGCUGAGCCGGGGCCACCACCAGCUAUGCAAGGUCCUACCUCCCUCUUGCUGCCAGUGCAGGGGUGUGUGGGCUCGACCCAGGGUGGUCUCACCUGCGUCACUCGGGGUCCCCAGUGUGGGGAGCAGGGGACUGUCCCCCCUCACCAGGCUGCACCUCUCCAGAAGCACAGCAGAGCCUUCUGCCUGCCCAUGCAUGCUCCCAGGGCAAUAUAUAUAUAGAAGAUAUAUAUAUAUAUAUAUAUUUAUGCAAUAAUGUCUUAAUAUGCAACACCCCUGGGAAGAGCAACCCGAGGGGACAUAGGCAAUAAGCAACACCCUGCCAGCUCCCAGGCCUGGACUGUGCUGCCCAGGAGGGCUCUGGAGGCCCCAAGGGCUCAGGGCUGGGGGAAAAUCUCCAUCCGAGGGUGGUCCUGGAGCAGAGGCUGUGGGGAAGGCAGGGUUGCAGGCACAAGGCGCUGUCCUCAAGGAGCAUCCCUCCCGCUGUGUCCCAACGUCUGCUCCUGCUUUGAGGAUUCCCUCCCAGCUGGGUCCUGCGGUGCUCAGUUUGUCCCUGCCCGUGUCCCUGUCCUCUCUGUGGUCCGGGAAGCACGGGCCGGGCCUGGAGGGGACAGGGCAGUGUCCCUGCAUGUCACCUACAGCAGAGCCACGACAGUUCCCACGCUGCCCCGAUCCCCUGCGCUGCCCUGCCCCCAGAGCCGGUGCUGGUUCCCAGUCCAGCAACACCGGGCUGGUGCCAAAGUGCCAGGCUGGGGCUGCAGCCGAGGCUCCAGGUGGGGCUGGCUGGUGACUCCACGGUGCCGGGCUCUGUCCUGGGCUGCUCCCACCGCUCCCCUCAUUGCCAGCCCCACCCCUCUCCGGGCUUGGCACCGAGGGAUUCGCAUCCCCUUUUCCCGUGCCUCUGCUCCGGGCAGUGGGGACCCCUGACCCUGCUCGUUUCCUCGCCCCCUUAGUGCAUGUGGCCAGCGUGGGCAGUGCCAGAGCUGUUUGGAGCCCCCCACCGUGCGCUCUCCCUUCGUUCCGGGAGUGCCCGGGCAGGGGGACACACGGACACAGCGCUGGCUGGGUGGCGUGGGGCGAGGUGCAUGUGACAGCUUUGCCCGCAGCCGCACGCAGGAAUUAACCCUUAGGACCCCUCCUCCCGGGGCUGGCUUCUCCCCGCGGCCCCCCUCCCCGAGCCAGCGGUAGUUACCUCACUUGAUUAACUUAUUAACUUAUUUGUUUCAUUAAAAUUUGGAGUAGAG